AUGGGCGCCCAAACGGAGAUUAUUACUAUUAUCAACAACUCGGGGAAGGUCAUCAGCACGGGCAAACAACUCGUCUCCAUCUUCAAAGAAGCCCAGGCCGCUUACCGCGACCGCCGCGAUGCCAUCAAGGCCGAGCGCGGCGUCCAGCGCGCCAAGACCUUUGACGCGAGCAGCCCGCGCGCCCGCAGCAGCGUCGGCGGCUCCAAGGAUGACGAUACCCGCUCGCGCAUGUCGAGGUCCAAGACCUCGCCCGUGGAGCCCCCGCCGCGGGCCCCGUCCCCCGCCCGCACGCUGCUGACCGAGGAGAACCUGCGCGCCCUGACCGAGAUCAACGCCACUUCUCCAAGCAGGGCGGCUUCGGCGGUCGGCGGCCCCGCCCCGUCGACUGCUUCCGCGCGGCAGCUGCGUCGGCAGCAGUUGUUGCAGCGGCGGCGGUCGGAUCCAUCGCUGAAUCGGAAGAAGAGUAUCGACGAUCACCUCGCCUACGGCGACGUGCCCCCCGAUCUGGAGUCCCGCGUCGACCUGGACACCCGCAAGGGGCAUAAUGAAACGGCUGCCUCCGAGGAGGCACAGCUCACGCCGCAAGAGGAAAAAGCGCUUAAUCUCCUCGACAAAAUCGAGGAUUUCCUCGAGGAGGCCCAGUGCAUGCACCAGACGGCGUCCGCGAUGAUUGAUAACCUGCAGAAGAAGCCGGAAGCGGCGGCCGCCGUGGCUCUGACCCUCGCGGAGCUGAGCUCCAUGCUGGGAAAGAUGAGCCCCAGCUUUUUGGCGUUCUUAAAGGGCGGCAGUCCGGCGGUCUUUGCCCUGUUGAGUAGUCCGCAGUUCUUGAUCGGAGCGAGCGUCGCGCUGGGCGUGACGGUGAUCAUGUUCGGGGGGCUGAAGAUUGUGAAGAGGAUCAAGGAGAUCGGGGGGAGGGCGAUGGAGAUGCCUUUUGCGGCCGCUUCUACGCCGGCGGCGACGGCCGCCCCUGCUGAUGGCGUCUCUGCCGGGGUUACUGCAGCUCCCGGACAUGAUCAGAAUCCGGCGGAACCCCCGCCCCCGUACGACGAGGCUGUCGUGCUGAAGGAUAUCGAGGAAGGCCUCUCGCGCAUCGACGCCUGGCGGAGGGGGAUCCCUACGUUCAGCGAGACUGAGCAGGCCGAUCUCGAGGCGAUGGCGCGCGAGGCGGAGGAAGCGAUGCGCGAGCUGCACUUUGAGGGGUGCACUGAUGAGAUUGAUCCGAGCGAUAGCGUGUCGCAGGUGAGCCGGGCGCCGAGGUCGCGUUAUUCUUCUGCUGCGGACAGGCAUCAUCAUAGCGCACGGUCGACGUACAAGAGUUAUAAGAGCAGGAGGGAGAGGAAGCAUCGGGAGGAGGAGGAAAGAGAGAAGGAUAAGAAGAGGAGGGAUAAGGAGAGGGAGAGGGAUGGGCGGAGUGAGGUUAGCGUGCGCAGCUCAUCGCGCAGAGACAAAGAUCGCGAGGAGAAGGAGAGGGAUGGACGAAGCGAAAUCAGCGUGCGCAGCUACCGCUCCUCGCGCGACAAGGAUGCUAGAUCGGAGGUCUCGCACCGCAGCAGUCGGGAGAAGGAGAAGCGCGAAGACUCGAGCUACUACACGACCAGUGCGAAGAGCGAGGUUAGUGUGAGGAGUUUGAGGAGGAAGAGUUAUGACGAUGCGUCGGUUGUGUCGUCGAAGUCGCGGAGGGAGUAUGUCAGUGAGGUGGGCAGUGCCGUGGGGGCGCCGCCGGCGCCGAAGCCAAAGGAGAAGAAGAGGGAGCUGAUUAAGCAGCUGUUCAAGAUGAAAAAGGAGAAGGAAGAGCAGGGGAGGGCUAUGAUGAGCAUGAGCAUGAACAUCGAGCAUAAGCAUGAGAUAUGA